AUGAAAGGACAUAUGCGAUUUGGCAAGAAUGGAAAACUGACUCCUCACUAUAUUGGAUCGUUUCAGAUUCUUGAAAGGUUGGGUCCUGUUGUUUAUUGUAUUGCCUUGCCACCGGGAAUGGAACAAAUGCAUAAUGUCUUCCAUAUAUCCAUGCUUCAUGGGUAUCUUAGAGAUUCGUUCCAUGGGAUUGAUCACCAUCGGAUUGCUUUAGAUGAGAAUAUGAUUUAUGAAGAAUGGCCCAUGCAAAUCAUUGAUCGGCAAGUAAAGCAAUUGAGAAACAAAACUAUCCCUAUGGUGAAGGUCGAAUGGAAAGAACAUUAUGGGAAAGAGGCCACUUGGGAAAAAGAGGAUGAGAUAUGGCAACGAUAUCCGUAUUUGUUUCUGUUUGAAGAGGAUUGA